GAGGACUGCAAUUCACGCGCAUUCAAUAAGAAUUUCUUUUAAUUAUCUGUUUUUAUUUCCAUAUCCUUUUGUGGGUCCUUUUAUUUUUCUUGUUUCAAAGUAAGCUUUUUUCUGUCCAUUAAAGUAAGCUUUUUCUACCUCUCCCUUUGAACUCUCGUGUAUUUCAAGUAUCCGGAGUAUAUAUUAUUUUUCUGCUUCUUCAUUACCGGUUUUCUGGGUUUGAUUAGUGAAUAGAUCUGGGGGACAACUUAGGAUAAAAAAGCUGAUUAAAGCUUAAUUAACUGCUGUAUAUAUGUUUUCUUGAAUUGCUUUUGUGUCGGUUACUAUUUCGUGCUGUAUUUGCCCACCUGCAUUUGCUGUGUUCUUUUUUUCAGUUGAUUAAGCCAACUUGGAUCUUCUAGCACCAAACUGAUUCCUGUUUCUGCUCUUUUUUCUUUUCACUUUCAUAUCAUCCCUUUUUUGGGGUUGAAGGGGGUUCCUAUUGAUAGUUCUCUACUUUGUGACAAAAUAAUGUUCUUUUUGCUUGGAACCCAUGUUUUGUUUUGAAGAGAAUUUGGCCUCAGAUUAAAUGUUUCUCAUACAUUUAAGAAGGCGGUUUUGGUUUUGGUUCUGUUUUCGGACCUCCCUGCUUCUUUUUGGUCCUAUUUCCUAAUAAUAGCGGUGGUUUUUUGCUUGAAUCUUCGCGUAUCUUGGGUUCUUUAGCUUAAUCUUGAGGCGGACUCGAAAUGAGAAAGCUUUAUAGGAAACUUGAGUUGAUAAGAAACCCGUUGACUAGUGUGAGGAAAAAUGUCAAUUCGCAAUCGGGAAGGGUGUUGAGUGAUAGAAAAUGGAUCAUCCCAUUUUUUGCAAGCUUACUUGUAUCGAUUACUUUGUUUCUGUCUGCCAUUUUUGGGUUGUUCAAUACUCCUAAUGGUGGAGAUCAGUUGCCAUUCGACAUUAUUUCCUUUGCUAGAACUGAGGACUCUAGUGGGUAUUUUGUAGAAUCAGAUUUAAAGAAAUCGUUUAACACAAGUGGGUAUGCAAGUAUGGAAGCACCUAGAUUAGCAUAUCUUAUUUCGGGGACAAAGGGAGAUAGUCGUAGGAUGAUGAGGACCUUGCAAGCAGUGUAUCACCCCAGGAAUCAAUAUGUUCUGCAUUUGGAUCUUGAGGCUCCUCCACGUGAAAGGUUGGAAUUGACUAAUAUGGUAAAGAUUGAUCCAACUUUUCGUGAAGUGGAGAAUGUGCGUGUAAUGGCACAAUCCAACUUGGUGACAUACAAAGGUCCUACGAUGAUUGCCUGUACCCUUCAAGCAAUUGCAAUACUUUUGAAGGAGAGCUUGGACUGGGAUUGGUUUCUAAACUUGAGUGCCUCCGAUUAUCCCCUUGUGACCCAAGAUGAUUUGCUGCAUGUUUUCUCCAAUUUGUCAAGAAAUCUCAAUUUCAUUGAACAUACACAGAUUGCUGGUUGGAAGCUUAACUCGAGAGCAAAACCAAUCAUUGUUGAUCCAGGCCUUUACUUGUCUAAAAAGUCUGACAUUGCUUGGACCACACAACGCCGAUCACUGCCCACAUCUUUCAAGUUGUAUACAGGUUCUGCAUGGGUAGCGCUUACUAGAACUUUUGUUGAGUAUUGUAUAUGGGGCUGGGACAACCUCCCACGAACCAUUCUCAUGUAUUAUACAAAUUUUGUUUCCUCUCCGGAAGGCUAUUUCCAUACCGUUAUUUGCAACACUGAUGAAUUUCGUAGCACUGCAAUAAGCCAUGAUCUCCACUACAUUGCUUGGGACACUCCUCCAAAGCAACAUCCUGUCUCGUUGUCAAUGAAAGACUUUGAUAAAAUGGUGAAAAGCAACGCGCCCUUUGCCCGGAAGUUCCAUAAGAACGAUCCAGUCUUGGAUAAAAUUGAUAAAGAGCUAUUGGGCCGAACUGGCCGUUUUGCAGCUGGAGCUUGGUGUAUUGGGGGUUCAGAGGGUGGAGCUGACCCGUGUUCUGUACGCGGCAAUGAUUCGGUGUUUGCGCCAGGCCCUGGUGCCAAGAGGCUACAAGAACUGCUAAAAACUUUAAUGUCUGAAGAUUCUCGGAAAAAGCAGUGCUCAUGAUGGUUGUAAAGUGGUGGAUAACUCAAAGAGUGCAAAUGGCUGUAUUCGUACUUCAUUGAUUACACGGUUGUCCUAAGGGCGGCAGAAUUUUGUUUGUUCACAUAAAAAAAAUAAACGUUCAUUUUAUAACAUUGUUUAUUUUGCGACAUGCAUUCCCAAUUUUAGGUGCAACUGUUAUUAAUAGAGUAUCCUCAAUUAUGCA